AUGAAGCCAGCAGAGAUCAGAUUCUCUCUACAGAGACCUCUACAGCACAGACAUCCAGACAUGGCACCUUCAAUCACUUCAGCAAUGACCAACUCUCAGGAACAUCUGACUCUGACACACAAGCUCAGAAAGCCUCAGGUGGAGAAGUUACGCAGAGAGCGAAUCAACAGCAGCAUUGAGCAGCUCAAGUCUCUCCUGGGUCCAGAGUUCCUCAAACAAGAGCCAGACUCCAAGCUGGAGAAAGCAGACAUCCUGGAGAUGACAGUUUGUGUCCUCAGACGACUGCAGCAGCAGAAUCACCAGCAGAGAAGACUGCUGAACCACUUCAACAAGCUGCAGCCUUCCUCUGAUAAGAACCUGAGAGAGGCUGACUUCUCUCCUCUGAGCUCCACAGUCCAAACCAGCAACACCAAAGAGAAGGGUCCAGUCAACAGCGCCCCCUGGAGGCCGUGGUAGACACCUACAUACUGGAGUUACUACCAGACAAACUGAGACGACCACAUUGGUCAAAGAAUACUGGACUGAAAUCUAUGAGAUUUUAUGAAAAUGUUUUUCUUCAAUUCUUGUCAUGCAUGUUGCAUGAUCCAAAUCUAAUUGCUUCAGCAAUUGUUUUAUAUCACUGUACUUUAUGUAUAGCUGGUAUAUGAUCCGGUUACAUUUGUAAUCCUUUAAUAUUAUUGAUCAUACUGAUCAAAAACAUUGACCUGUCCUAUUGAAGACAUAUUGUCAUCAAGGAUCUUCAUUUGAUAUUUUAUAACUGAUCUGUUAUAAGAUCUCAUUUCUUAUCCUUUCUUGUAAAGGUUUUCUUAACAUCACAUUUUUCUUGUGAUACUUUUAUUACUUCCUGCAUGUGAUACAUGUCUAUAUGUUUGACUGCACAUCAUGUGCAGCAACAAUGUGGAGGUAUUUAUUACCUCUUGAUAAUUGUUAUUGAUUUUGAAUUUACUUGUUCAUUUCUUGAACAUUACUUUGGAUCACUUCAUGUGAUUAUUGAUUAAUGAUCUAUUUUAAGAUCAAUAUGUUUAUCCUUUUAUUAUAAAAGGUUUGUUUGAUGUAUUCUCACAGUUUCCAGUGG